CAACAUUUGAGAAAAUUCGCAAUCUUCUCAAUUUAAAAUGUCGAAUUCGAAGGUGUUUGAGUGUAAGAUUUGUGGAAACAAUCUUUCAAACCUCGCCCGAAUGUUCAUUUCUACCGGUAUUUCCUACAGAUUUCUGAGUGAAAUUACUGCUGAGGAUUCAGAUAUCUAUCUUACAUUGGUUUCAAGAAAGUUACAAGAAUUAUCCAUUGCAUUGGAGAGUUCUGCUAGCAAGCUGACCCAGUUUAUAAUAGAUAUUGGCGGCUCUUUUGUGUACAGGGAUUGUAAGAAACCUGACUGGACACAGUUAGGUGUAGACCUUAACAACAUUAUAAAAGUUCAGAGGGAAACUAGAUUACAGGUUCUAAACUGUUUAGAGACCAUGGAGGCACAUGGACAUAUUGGUCCUCGUAGAGUACUCAAACAUAUUAUCAAAAGUACUGGACAGGAUGAUACUUGGAAAGAGUUGAUGUAUUUGAUAAACCAGAAACCACAGCUUAAUAAUACAUCACUACCAGAUCAGACUGAAUAUAUGGUUUCUCUUCCUAAUAAAUCUACAACUAAACAUCAAUCUAAGAAAGAAGAAGACCAAGAAGAGUAUAACGAAGAGUUUAUAGCAGAAGAAGGUUUAUUUACUCCAGGGUUUACAUCAAGCAUUAGAGUUGACAAUACUCAUCACAGGGAGAAACUGGAGGAACUAUCUUCUCCAGGACAACAGAAAAUAAAUACUUCUAGAUCUUUGUCAGGAUAUGAAGCUGAUAUUGAGACAGAGAACAAUAUUUCACUUCUAGAUACAACAACAGAGAGCAUACAUCAGAACACAAGCAGUAGCAUCAACCUGAAUAGAUCACCAGAAAAAUUAAGGGAGGAGUUGAACCUUGAGAAUACUGAUACUAGUAAAUAUACAGAAAAUACAGAGAAUACAAUGAGUACAAAGAUUACAGCGAAUACAGAGAAUACAGAGAAUACCAGAAUACAUGAUGCUCUGCCCAACCUUUAUACUGACACCCUGAAUCCUCUUUCCAACCUUGAUAAAAACAUUCUGGAUUCUUCUGUUGAUUAUAGCUUCAUAGACACGGAUACAGAAAAAGAAACAAGAACAAUCAAUAGAUAUUGUAUAUCUGGGCGGGUUGUCUGUAUUGUGUGUAAUGAGUAUAGUCCUGCUGCUGUAACUGCUAGAGAUGAACUCAAGAGUUUCCUUAAAGCUGAAGGAGUUUAUAUUGUUGACGAGGAAGCUAAACACAACUCAGCUGAUAAUAUUAACAAUGCUAAUAAAUCCGCUGUUGAAGCAAGCAGAGCACCAGGUGAUGAUGAGGAUGUUUGUAAGUUAAAGGAUGUUGAUCUCCUAAUAUGUCUGGGGGGAGAUGGAACUUUGCUCAAGUGUAGUUGUAUGUAUAAGAAGAUGGUUCCUCUAGUUAUUGGAUUUGCUCUAGGACAUGAAAACUUCCUUUCAUCACUAGUCUGGGAUCAGGAAUAUGGAAAGCAGGCCGUUGGAAGACUGCUAGCAGGGAGCUUGCAGUAUAAUAGUAUCAAGAGACAGAGACUAGCAGUUUAUAUCUUUAAUCCAGGUGAAGAUGUGUUGAAGCUAACAGCUCUAAAUGAAGUUACUGUAAGAAGAGAAGAAGCAAGAGAUCUCGCAGAACUUAAUAUAUAUCUAGAUAAUAUACUUCUUUAUACAACAAAGGGUGAUGGAAUGAUCAUCAGUACAGCUACAGGGAGUACUGGAUAUAAUUUCUCAGCUGGAGGACCCAUACUCUUCCCUAGUAUGGAUUGUAUUCUUAUAACAGCACUCUGUAGCUGGCCACCCUCACUCCGUCCCAUCCUUGUACCUAGAGGUUCAGUAAUAUCUGUAUCCUUAGCAGCUAAUUCAAGGAGGAAUAACGUGAGCGUAACCCUGGAUUAUAGAACAGAGUUUCAUCUUGAUAAAGGAGGACGAGUAGAUAUCAGGAUUAGUGACUUCUUUCUGGAACAAGUUAUUUCUGUGUCCGAAUGUAAACGCGAUGAACAUGAAGAACAUGUUAAACGUGAUGAAAUUGAUAAACAUGAUGAAGAUGAUGAACACGAUGAAUCUGAGGUUGGACCUAGUUUAAAAAGUAUUCAGCAGAUCUGGAUCAGUAAACUUGAGAAGAUAAAACAGUAAUUAUUAUAUGUUGAAUAUUAAUAUUUUAUUUGUUGAAAAUAGUAUUAUCAUGAUUUUUCAACAUUUUUCUGUUUUAUGUUUAUAAAGAUGUACCAAUAAAUCCUCUUUUGAUAAACUUA